AGACCCUAGCUACCCUCCUCAUAAAGCUAUUUAUUCUUUAUUUAUUUAUAAUGAAUUAUUGUUUGUGCUAUACCCUGAUGCACAGCACAAUGCCCUUUUGGUGUAAAUAUAAUCUGAGCAAGAGCUCUUCAGCUGACUAUGACAGAGCGACAGUAAAUACACUUCAUCAUCACAGUAAACACUCAUGCUCCACUUGAGUGACCCUCCCUCCUCCUCCUCCUCCUCCUCCUCCUCCUCCUCAUAUAAAGCUCAGGGAAACCCCAUCUAAGCAUUAGACACACAUUGAGCCAGAGAUUAUAGAGACAGGCAGCACAUCGAGGACACACCAGCCGGGAUUUACCAACCAGAUGUUUUUGCUGUGUCAAAUUACACUUUGAUUUUAGUGUGUCGUUUUUCAUUGAAAUACUUUUUCUCAAGAGACCUGAGGCAACCCGAAGGACACUUGUUGUAUUAGUCUAAAGUUAAUAAGAAGUUGUCAAGGGACUUUGAAAAAAGGAAAAAGACUCGCUAUUUGUUUACUUGCCGUUUCAUUUUUGUGGUUGAAAAUCGAGUCAAAGUACCACCUCGUUAAUCCAGCUCAUCCUAACUUGUUCCCGGCAUCAUGAUGUCCAGUGUGCGCCGGCACAGCCUCCGCCUCCAGUCCGAGCUCCACCGCUGGAGCAUCUGCGACCCCGGUAGCCACCUGCUCCCGGACAAUCUCCUGGCCCGGGUCCCCGCCUGCAUCUCCCGCUCCAAGUCCUGCAACAGCUCAGCUGGGGAGUCGGACGGGAGCCGAGGCAGCUGGUCGUCCUCAGACUCGGUCAUCUCCACCGACUCCACCGGGGACCCUGCGGAAUCCGGGAACCCGUACCGGGUGGUGCUGUUAGGGGCCAGUGGGGUCGGGAAGACUGCGUUCGCCAGUAUCUUCGCCGGGGCUGCGGACAGUAUGGACAGUGAUGACUUCGAGCUGUGCAGAGAUGAAGUUUGUGAAAAGGAAAUUGAAGUAGACGGGGAACCUGCAACUCUAACUGUGCUUGACACCUGGGAUUCAGAGACUGGCAUUGAAUGGGCCCAGGAGUGCUACAUGCAGACAGGUGACGCAUACCUGUUGCUCUACUCUGUAACUGACCGGGCAUCCUUCCUGCGAGCAUCUGAGCUCCGGAUAACUCUGCGUCGCUUCCGUCCUGCUCAGCACACGCCGAUCAUCCUGGUGGGAAACAAAUGUGAUCUGGUGCGACGUAGAGAGGUGUCAGUCAGCGAGGGCCGAGCCUGUGCCGCUGUGUUUGACUGCAAGUUCAUCGAAACCUCAGCUGCCAUGCAGCACAAUGUCUGGGAAGCCUUCAAUGGCAUUGUGCGACAGCUGCGUCUACGCCGAGACUCCAAAGAGGCCAACAAGCGUCGCAGAGACAAACACUGUCAAGCACGCCGUGAGAGUCUCCCUAUGAAGGCCAAACGCUUCCUCGACAAGAUGGUGGCAAAGAACAAUCCUAAUGUAGCCUUCUGGCUAAAAUCGAAGUCCUGUCAUGAUCUUUCUGUGCUGUAAGAGUCCAACAGGUGCUCAUGUUUUUAACUCCAAACCUUUGAGCAGGUGAACAAGUUUCAGCCUGCAAAACAGAGGCUAUGGCUGGAAGUAGAGCCUGCUUCUUGAGGCCUAAAGGUUGAACGGUCCAAACCCAGAUCUCAGUGUAUACACAGCAAGUGUGGUUCACAUGAGGGGUGUUUGAAGCAUUUCUGCGCUGCUGCAGUCUGAAGUAGACUGAGAGGACUGAGCUCAAUUUUUUAGUCUCUGAAAGAGCUCAAGAAAAGGGGACGUUUCCUUUUGCAAAGAGGAUAAUUAGUUGGAGGUUAAGAUGGAGACCGACAGAAAGAGUUAUUUUUCAUACAUUUCUCUGUUUUCUCUCACCUCUCCUUUGCCAAGUAUGUCCACUGUUGAUCCCAAAGUGCUAACACUACCAUCUGAAAGAGAUGAUUAAAGAUGUUAAGUUUAUUUUUUGUUUGAUGAUUAUUUAGUUUUUACUUUUAGUUUAUUUAUACAAUGCUGUAUUUUGCACUUAUUGUAAAUAAAAAACAUACUGAAUAUGUAGUGUUUUUGAUACUUGUAUGUAGAUUUAGUGUUGCCCAUUGAAAUAAAGUUGCAGAAUCCUGUUUGUGAGG